AUGCCGAAGAUUCAGGACGCCGCCGAAUUCGGCACUGCCGCUCUCGGCAAAUUCAAAAGCCGCUGGGACGAGCUUCUGGCCAACAUGACUGGAGGCAACGAAGAAGCAAUGCAGGCCGCUCGCACCGGAACAAUCAGAGUACUUCAGACUGCUAAGGGCCGCCUUGAGAACGGGGACGCAGAUGUCGAUGCUGUCAUCCAUGAUGCUAUAUCGCUCCUAAGAAAUGCUACCAGCAAGCUCAACCUCAACGACGUCGCCCGCGACGGACUCGGAAUGCUACGCGCCUUUGUUGACAGCCAUGACCUCAACAAAGUUUUCAAGACAUGGCUUGGAAGUCCAGCUAAUUCGAGCAGCAGCAACGGAAUAUUGCCGACGCGCUCUCUCGGCACACACCGUACCAUUUUAUCGGCCGUUUUUAGCAGAGACCUCAUGGAUCUCACAUCUCUUGGAACUGUCGCUCUUCAGAUGCUGCGUGGCUUUGCGGAUAAUGCAGAUUUAAACAACCUGGCAAAGCAGGCUCUUGACGCCUUGGGAGCGCUUCUGGGCACCGUAGACCUCAACCGACUGGUCGGGAAAACGACGACAGUUAUGGACAACGUCGUUGGAGGCGUCAACUUCAGUGAUAUAUUGAAAAGGGGGCUCGCGCUGCUGAUGCAGCUGCUUUCUAAGUAA